AUGGCCAGAAAAAAAAAUGCAUAAAAAGUCCAGGUCCAGGCACUUGGGUUUGAAAAAUAUAAAAGGCCUUAUAAUUUAAUGGGCUACAAAACAUUACAGUACACCAAACCCAACACUUUUAAUUGUUUUCAUUUUUUUUUUCAAACCUGAAGUUUUUGCUGGUCUACCUCUUUGGAUAUAUUCCCUUCCGUGAGCAGUGCUCCAGUCACCUCUCUCACAUGACUUCCAAGUGUGGAGACAUUUUGACUUUGCACCAAUCAAAACCCGACAUUUCAUAAAAGGAUACCUGAAAGAAAAUGCAGGGGUCUAUCGCUCCUCUUUUUUUGUAACCCUCUGCUGUGCCUAAAAACUACUUGUCCUUCACUCCGCGACGCCCUUCAUUCUUGCCUGGUGAUAUUUGUGAGCAGGGUGGUGCGCCUGUGCUAAACAUAGCCCCGAGUGUUGCACGCCUCAUCAAAACACAUCGUGAAGACCACAGUGAGCUACAAUGGCUGGUGUUGAGUUACCGCAGAUGUUGCUGUAUCUCACUGGGGAGGCUCACUAAACACGUGUCAAAACAUUAUUACAAUGACCAGUCCAGGGUGUACUCCACCUCUCGCCUGAAGUCAGCGGGGAUAGGCUCCAGCAUACCCUCAUGACCCUACAGGGCCGACAAGGUGCAUGCACUGUUGAUGGAAAGAAAAGGCAACCAGAGUGAGGAGCUGAAUUCUUCAAUCCUACAAAAAAAAGAAACAAGUCCCAAUGGAGCUGCUUAUGAACCCAGAAACGUUCUCCCAUACACGUCCCCUACGCUUUCCCCACUGCUUCCCAAAGCUCUGUCAGCUGUUCUUCACGCUAGGCAGACCUCUCAGGGCCUGGAAUCAGAACCUCGACCAAGAAGAAGUCCAACAGAACACACAUCAUCACCAAAACUGGAGCGACUGCAGUCUGAGCUGAGAGACCUGAGAGAGCAGUUUGAACAGAUGAAGACUCAGCAUAACAAAGAAAUUAAACUGCUGAUGAAUGAGCUGGAUGAGGAGAAGCGAAUUCGUCUGACUUUACAGAUGGAGAUACAGCGCAUGAAGAAGCACAUGUCCAAAUGACAAAACAUCUAUAUAAGGACAAUCAUUUCAUUAUUUCUAUUCACACUGUUGUAGUUUGCAGUGGUAUAGAAUGAUGUCAUUAUGAGGGCUGUUUGUAAUUUAGAUUUUUUUAUAUUUAGAUAAAGUUCUACAGCCACAAUAUUAAACAUAUUGUUAAUGAUUACCUCUCAGUCAGCCAAUUAUCUUUGUAAAGGCACAAUUUUAUGGUAUAUGUAUGUUUGCCACAUCUAAUUAAAAGUACAGAUUUUUUUAAAUUAUAGUUAAACUUAUUAUAAUUAUAGUUAAAAAUUAAUCACAAUUGACAGGGAACAAAAAUGAGGAAAUCUGGUAGUAUUUUUUUUUAUUCAGAACCACAAAUAUAUUCACACAAAUAAAUAAAAACCAUAUUGAUAUACUGGAACUAUAAUGGAAAAAAUAUGUAAACAUCUGGGACAUUUACAUCUAUUUACAUUCACUUUAUGAACACAAGCAAUAUUGUUAUAUUAUUUUAAAAUAACUAACUUGUGUUGCAAAAUGAGGUGAGAAAUAAAGAUUAAAAAAUUGUUUUUUAAAGCAGAAAACACAGUACAUUCGAUAUAUGACGAGUGAUGAGAUUUUGCCUCAAAAAUCGGAUUCUUGACAAUAAAGAGGAGUGAACGUGAUCUCUUUGUCCUCCUCCAGGACCAAGUCGUAACGACACAAAGGCCUGAGAUGGACAAAGUUGAACAAACAUAUAAAAAAGAUGGAAAGAUAUCAAAUAAAUGAAUAACUGGCUUCUGCUUGUAC